AUGUCACUGAGCCCUCCUCGAGACCGAAACAAUGGCGCUCCCAGCAUCUACCCGCUCUACUGGUGCUACCAGUGCCACCGUACGAUCAGCGUUGCUUCCACAAACCCAUCCGAAAUCGUUUGCCCGGGUUGUUUCGGGCAGUUCAUCUAUGUGAUUGACGUGGCCAGGCCUAGGCUCAUUGAUUAUUUCACCGAUUUCGAUCCCUCCCCGGAAGCCCGUUUACUCGAGGCCCUUUCUCUCGCGCUUGACCAUCCAAUCAGGCGCUUCUUCAAUCAUGGUGUGUAUGACACGGAAACUGAACAUAGAGGCCGUGGUUUAGAGGGGAGAGAUCGUCUGGACCGUGAAGCUGAAACUAGAGCCCAGAGGCGGUGGCGCCACCGUAUUCUUGUUAGACCUUCGGAUCCUUCCUCUGAUCCUUUCAGACCCAUUUUACACCCUGAAAAUCCAUUGCCGCCUCGGUUUGAUCCUAGAAACUACUUUCUCGAGCCACGCCUAAACGAAUUGAUCGAGCGAUUGACUCAAAAUGACCGGCCGGGGCCUCCUCCUUUACCCGAUUCGGCAAUCAACACAAUACCAACCGUGGAAAUCAUGGCCGACCAUUUGACCUACGACUCCCAAUGCCCCGUGUGCAAGGAGGAGUUCAAGGUUGGUGGGGAAGCGAGGGAAUUGUCUUGCAAGCAUAUAUACCACUCUGAAUGUAUUGUUCCUUGGCUGCAGCUUCACAAUUCUUGUCCUGUUUGCCGGCGUCCUUUUUGCCCGCACGAGUUGCCCGCACCUUCUCGAGAAGGUGCUCGAGAAAAUGACUCUGAGACUGAGGAUUUUCAUGUUAGAAGGCGCAGCAGACGCCGGUGCUGGAGGUGCUUGAGAUGGAACCAAUUGUCCUCUUUGUGGCCCUUCCGUGCAAGAUACCGACCCGUAAAUCUACAUGGUGAUGACCAUGUCAGUACUUCUCGAAGGGGUGAGAAUCAAUUUUUUUGUUCUAUUUUAUGUAUAGAUCCAUUAACAUGUUCGGAGACCAAAGAGCAACACCAAAUAAGCCUUUUACUUUCGGUAUCUCAGCUUUGUGGGAAGAAGGCAGCGGCCUUAGGAGCAGACUGCGGAUUUGCCUAG